CACAUCACAGUCAUGGUGCGGUGCGGUAGCGUGUGGUUCAGAAAGUAUGGAAACUUCAUUGAUAACCUAAGACUCUUCACCAAGGGAGGAAGUGGUGGAAUGGGUUACCCUCGUUUAGGUGGAGAAGGUUGAAAAGGUGGUGACGUCUGGGUUGUAGCCCAUAGUUUUGUGGCUGGAGAAGGAGCAAAUAGUCGUGUUAACGCACUGAAAGGUUCCAGAGGAAAAGACUGUGAAAUUCCUGUACCUGUGGGUAUUUCAGUAACUGAUGAAAAUGGUAAAAUUAUAGGAGAACUCAAUAAAGAGAAGGACAGAAUUUUGGUAGCUGAAGGAGGUCUUGGUGGUAAAUUACUUACAAAUUUCUUACCAUUGAAAGGCCAGAAACGAGUCAUUCACCUUGAUCUAAAACUUAUAGCUGAUAUAGGCCUAGUAGGAUUCCCAAAUGCAGGAAAAUCCUCUUUGCUAAGUCAGGUUUCUCAUGCAAAACCUGCAAUCGCAGAUUAUGCAUUUACAACAUUAAAGCCUGAACUUGGAAAGAUUGUGUAUAAUGAUUUGAGAGAGAUAUCAGUAGCUGAUCUUCCUGGUUUAAUAGAAGGAGCGCAUAUGAACAAAGGAAUGGGCCCCAAAUUCCUCAAGCAUAUAGAAAGAACUAGACAACUACUUUUUGUUGUCAACAUUUCUGGAUUUCAGCUUUCUUCCCAAACUCAAUACAGAACUGCCUUUGAAACCAUAAUACUUCUUACAAAAGAGUUGGAAUUGUACAAAGAGGAACUUCAGACAAAACCUGCACUCCUGGCAGUUAAUAAAAUGGACUUGCCAGGUGCCCAAGAUAUGUUCCAUGUACUGAUGAAUCAACUCCAGAAUCCUAAAGAUUUUUUGCAUUUAUUUAAGAAAAACAUGAUUCCAGAGAGGACUGUGGAGUUCCAACACAUCAUCCCCAUCUCUGCAAUUACGGGAGAAGGAAUUGAAGAAUUAAAGAACUAUAUAAGAAAAUCUCUGGAUGAACAUGCCAAUCAGGAAAAUGGUGCAUAUCAUAAGAAACAGUUCCUUAACUUACAGAUUUCUAAUACAAUAUCUUAUAAUGAGCCACCACCAAAGAAUGGUGUUACUCGUCCCAGAUAGAUGUAAUUUAAAUCUAUUAAAAAUGAUA